AUGGCUCCGAAAAAUAAAGUCCCAAAAGGAUGGUUGGGUUGUCCAAACAAUGGUAUAAGAUUAAUUGAAAGCAAGUUUAUGCCUUUAAAAACGCCUUUAAGUACAAAUUUUGAUAGCAAGUUGGGGCCUGAUGAUUGGUUUCACCCCAGGGAUAUAUUUGAUCUAGCUAAAAAAAAUAAAGUUAAAUUUGGAUUAUGGAUAGACUUAACAAACACUGAUAGAUAUUAUUUGAGGGAUGAAAUUGAAAACCAAAAUUGUGACUACAAAAAAUUAUCCUGCCAAGGCCAUGGUACACUGCCUACAUUUAGAUUUGUAAACCAAUUUUUUCACCUUGUUGAAAAAUUUGUAUGGAACAACCCUUACAGUUGCAUAGCGAUACAUUGCACCCAUGGAUACAACCGUACAGGAUUUUUAAUUGUAUCAUUUUUAGUUGAAAAAUUAAACUAUUAUGUUGAUGAUGCUGUUAGAUUGUUUGCGGAAUUAAGACCCCCUGGUAUAUACAGACAUGAAUAUGUUGUGGAGUUGUUUAGAAGAUAUGGAGAUAUACGAGAUGCUCCUCCACCCAUAGCAAAACCAAGUUGGAGCAAGGAUUAA